AGUAUGAAUUUAUUCUGCUAGAAAUGUUGUUAAACAUUUUGUGUGUAACUCCUGUGAGAAUCCCUGAAUGUUAUUAAUAUUUCCCCUUUUUUUGACAAUUACAGGGGAAAGAAAAUGACAUCGAGCCGCAGGCAUCAUCUGAAGAGUAUCGUGCUUCAGGUUGCCGCUUCUUGGCUGGAGCAGGAAGCUACCGACCUCGCUGCCGCCAAAGUAACUUACAUGGCAGAGAGAUGCCCCGCCCCCGACAUGAGCGGAGACCAGGCGUCUCUGAUGGAAAUCUGCAAAAAGCUGCACCAGUCCCUCGACAAGAUUGAUGAAGAGAGAUACGACGCCGAGGCCAAAGUGUUAAAAUCAGACAAGGAGAUUGAGGAGUUGAAGCUGAAGGUGGUGGAGCUGGCCGGCGUGAAGAAACCCGCCCUGAAGAAAGUGCGUAUGUCCGCUGACACCAUGCUGCAGGCUCUGCUGGGAGGAAAACACAAGGUGACCAUGGACCUGAGGGCCAACCUGAAGCAGGUCAAGAAGGAGGUCAAAGAGGAGGUGAGGCAUGUCGGCGACUGGCGUAAGAACAUUGAGGACAAAGCUGACAGGAAGAAGAUGUUCGAGACUUCCUAA